AAUGUAUUAUUAAAAGUAAUGUUAAUAAAUAAUUCUAUGAAAGCCGCUCGCGUGUUACGCUAACGCGACUUAAAGCAAAUAAGCACAUACACAAGUUUCGGUGCAAAACGGGUAAAAACAUAAUCGAAUAAUUGCAAAUCGCAAAACUAUGCUAGGCAUUAGAUAAAUUAUUAGAUUUAAUUGGGUGUUAGAACAAAAUUCUGAACGUAAUUGAAACGCGCGCAAACGAAUGCAAAAUUGCCGGCCGCAUUUUCAAAUUUAAUUAUAAAAACAUAAAUAUAUUUAUUUAUAUAAACAAACAUAUAUUCAUACAUAUAUAUAUAUAUAUAUGUAUCCAUGGCCAAGUGAAGCGGACAGCGCCAGCAUGGGACCAAUCCGACGCUAGACAAAGAUAGAAACACUUGACAACAGCUACAGCAACAGCAACAGCAACAACAACAGCAACAGACACAGAAACAGAAACAGAGCAGCAACAUGGACUACGCCAAAGUGGAGGCCAGCAUCAAUACGGGCAACAUCAGCAAUGAUGACUUCCUGGCAGUAUUCUCAAGCGGUGCCUCAAUAACAACAACUACGGCAGCAUCAUCAUCACUGACUCAUGGAAAUCCAGCUGGCACACUCAAUCCUCCGCUGGUGACCGUCGAUGAGCAGGUGCAACUGCCGAAUCUGCUGGAGAUGCCGCCGCCGGUGAAUGAUACCAUCUAUCUGCUGAAUGGCAGCUUCUACAACAACAGCCUCCAGAUGGCGGGCAGCUAUUACAAUCAGUCGACCGCUAAUAUGAGCUUCGGCCUGUUGGCCAACAGCAGCAAUGGCACGGAAGUUCACUGGGAUGGACGCUAUCCGAGCGGCUAUACGCUGACGCAUAUUGUGAUCGCGUCGAUCAUUGUGACCAUUCUGAUGAUCAUUAUUGUGGUGGGCAAUAUGCUGGUGAUCAUUGCGAUAGCCACUGAGAAGUCGCUGAAGAAUAUACAGAACUGGUUCAUUGCCUCGCUAGCCGUGGCUGACUUCUUUCUGGGCCUCAUCAUAAUGCCCUUCUCGCUGGCCAAUGAGCUGAUGGGCUACUGGAUCUUCGGCAGCUGGUGGUGUGACAUACACUCGGCCAUGGACGUGCUGCUCUGCACAGCCUCGAUCAUGAAUCUGUGCCUCAUCUCGCUCGAUCGCUACUGGAGCAUCACUAAGGCCGUUGACUAUCUCAAGUCCCGUACGCCCGCCCGAGCGGCUGUCAUGAUCACGGCGGUGUGGAUAAUGUCGGCACUCAUAUGCAUUCCGCCGCUGCUGGGCUGGAAGGUCAAGAUGCCCGAGGGUCCACUGCCGAAGUGCGAGCUAAGUGAGGACAUUGGUUACGUGCUGUACUCGGCGCUGGGCUCCUUCUAUAUACCCAGCUGCAUCAUGGUCUUUGUGUACAUACGAAUAUAUUUUGCCGCGAAGGCGCGAGCGAGACGCGGCAUUAAAAAACAUCCGCGCAAAACAAACAACGAACAGGUAACGAGCUUCACCACCGCCAACAAGAAAGGAACAAUACCGAUGCCAUCCUCCAGCGGCGCAACGCAGCUGCAGCUGCACCAGCAGCGACAAAUCGCCACCAUUGAGACCCCACCGAAUAGCGCGACGAUACCCAUGCAAAUUCCGACAGUCACCAUGGAUUUGGCCUCCGAUAUAUCCACCUCGGAAGCCGGCGAGCUGGAGGCUGUUGCCGCUCAGACGGUGCUGGCCUACGCCAAUCCCAAUGGUGGCUCCAACUCAGCCACAGCACUAAGCAGUGGUCCCUGCUCGCCAAAGGAAACCCUGCAAGUCAGCACCAUUGCCACAGGCCGCGGCGUUGGACUCAAUGUGCCCGUGCCGCCGUCCAUGGGCAGCAACAACUCCAUCAAUGUGCUCAACAACAACAAUGGCUGCGUGGCAACAGACGCCGCUCGAGCCAAUACUCUUACUAGCCAUAGCGGAGCGACUGCAGCGAGUGGAGCAAGUCCUGGUGCGGCUAGCAGCAACGAGCUGCGUGUCUCGCCCAUUCCCGGACGCUGUCGAGCUCUCUCUGUGGGCGUUGACACGGAUAUGGUGAGUGAAUUCGAUCCUUCCAGCUCGGAUUCGGGCGUGGUCAGCCGCUGUGCGGUAGUCAAGCCCCUCAAGUUUCGCCUUUGCCAGCCCAUCUUUGGACGCAAAGCGAACCAGCAGCGCCGCAACGAGGCUAAGGCAGCCACAGUGGCAGCUAAGAACAACGCAGCAGCCGCGGCCAAAACCAAGGAGCUAGCCGCCAAAACCGAACUGGAACCAGCCAUACCCAAAACGCCAAAGCCCCGCGAUCCGGAGAAGGAAAAGCGACGCAUCGCACGCAAAAAGGAGAAGCGCGCCACGCUCAUACUGGGCCUGAUCAUGGGCAGCUUCAUCGCCUGCUGGCUGCCGUUCUUCUUUCUGUAUAUACUGGUGCCCGCCUGUAGCAGCCAUUGCAAUAUACCAGAGUCGGCGUUUGCGAUUGCCUUCUGGUUGGGCUACAUGAACUCGGCGCUCAAUCCGGCCAUAUACACCAUAUUCAACAAGGACUUCCGGCGCGCAUUCCGGCGCAUCCUGUUCAAGUGAUGUUUGGCCUACGUGUGCUGUUACAGGUGCGUUUAUGCGAGCAUCGAGAAGGCUACCGAACGUGCCAUGGGCAGCACACCCAUGGGCUAUGGGCAUGGCAUGUAUCAGCAUUACAGGCGUUAGUCUUGCUUGGUUUAUGCAUGCCCCUACCAGUAGAGGUAUUAUCA